AUGGGAUCUUCUGAGCCUACGACUCCUGUUCCUCCUCCGCAAGAGCAGCCUAGCGACUCCACACCAUGGUGGCUUCGGAAACUCGGUCCAGCUGGACCACCAUACCCACCGGAAAGGUUCCUAUUUAGUCGAAAAUUAGGAGCGAUCGGGCCUGUACCCCAUUGGAGGUAUGAUCCUACCCUUACUGCUCUCUUACACCCACCAGUCGCACCGAAAGCUGGAUCAAGUUCUCUUGAGUUGCCUCGUCCGCCGGCUUCGCCAUCGAUUUCACAUUCCAUGGCUGAGCAGAAAGGAGUUGUCAGUGUGAAAGAGGAACCUGAUGAUCUGAAGCUGAGUAGAAGUGAAGAGGUGGCACUGAAGGCAAGAGAAGAUAAAUCAAUAGAAGUGAUAUCGGUGGGCUCAUCAUCGCCACCAUCGGUCCAUAUCAUUCCAUCCUCUCCUGCGUUAGUACCUGAUUCUUCGCCCGAGCUGUCCCCACAAAUCCCUUCGUCAGUGCCUGCUGUAGGAGCCUCAAAUGUCGCUUCACGACAGCAAUCGCGAUCUCAACUGAAGUCGAAGUCAGUCCGGCAUCAUGCUAAGGAAGAGGCUUCGAAAGCUAUCAGAGAGUUGGCGGAACAUGAUAGAGCGAUGAAGGAGUUGUUAGAAAAGCAGCCAAAAGGGGGAAUAGGAAAAGGGAAAGGCAAGGGGAAGGGUAAAAAAUGA